AUUAUUAUUAUUAAUUAUUAUUAUUAUUAUUAUUAUUAUUAUACUUUGGUCUAAAUAUAAUGGGUGUCAUGUGCACAUGGGAGAGUGAGAAGACGGAGAUGGAGGCCUUUUGCCGGAAAUUGGUGGUGGCCGCCAGAAAAGACGAUGAAGGGGGAAGAAACCACCACCUUGUUUCUUCUUACUAUGAAGAUGGUGAUGAAAAAGGGACAUUGUUGUGUGUUACAAGUGGUGUUUCUUAUGUUGGACUUGCCUUGGUCAACCAUCUCUUGCAAUUAGGUUACUCUCUUCGGAUCACAGUUGAAAACCCAGAGGAGAUGGAGAAAGUGAAGGAAAUUGAGAAAACUGCAGAAGGAAAGUUGGAAGCAAUAAUGGCAAAGCUAACUGACAUUGAUGGGUUGGAGAAAGCAUUUCAGGGCUGUCGUGGAGUUUUUCACACCUCUGCAUUCACAGAUCCUGCAGGUCUUUCUGGAUACACGAAAUCAAUGGCUGAGAUUGAAGUAAGGGUUGCUGAGAAUGUGAUGGAAGCAUGUGCAAGAACACCUUCAAUAAACAGAUGUGUGUUCACUUCCUCACUAGCAGCUUGUGUGUGGCAAGACACUGCACAAUCAGACCACACCCCAGUUAUUAAUCAUGGCUCUUGGAGCAGUGAAUCAUUCUGCAUAGAAAAGAAGCUCUGGUAUGCACUGGGGAAGAUGAGAGCAGAGAAGGCUGCUUGGAGAAUAGCCAAUGAGAGGGGUUUGAAACUCACUACCAUUUGCCCAGCUCUAAUUACAGGUCCUCAAUUUUGUCACAGGAAUCCAACAGCAACAAUUGCUUACCUCAAAGGUGGUCAAGAAAUGUAUUCUCUUGGUCUGCUAGCAACCGUGGAUUUGACCAAAUUGGCAGAAGCUCAUGCAAGUGUGUUGAAGGCAAUGAACAACAAUGCUUCUGGUAGAUACAUUUGCUUUGAUAAAGUAAUAGAUUCACAAAGUGGGGCAGAGAAUUUGGCCAAGGAGAUUGGAAUGCCUAAGGAGAAAAUAUGUGGAGAAACAUCAAACAGUUCUGUACAAAGAUUUGAACUAUCUAAUGAGAAGUUAUGCAGACUCAUGUCAAGGCCACUCAGGUGUUACAGUGAAUAUCAGAUGAAAUAAUGUUACUAUGUUUGCUGGGAAAGUUGGUUGGUUUAUUUAUUUAUUUAUGGUUUGCCUUAGCCAUAUAAUUAGAUGAGAAAAAUAGAUGAGGCAUGUUAUAUAGUAUAUUCAGUAAUUAGUAAUGUUUGUAUUCAUUUAUGGUU